GGGCUGGGAUUUGCUGCUCUGAGCGCAAGUCUGGAGCAGAGCGUUCUGCCUUUGCAGUGAGCCUUUCACUAAUUGAUAGCAGAGCUUUGCUUUGCUCUUGUGCCUUGGAUUUGGCAGGGCAUAAAUUUCUUAAAGUCAGAAGGUGGCUGCUGUGUGGCUGUAACAAUCCCUUUAGGAGAGCACUCUGCCCACCCGUCGCAGUGGGUUUUCCGAUGUUCCUGGGAACUGUAUCCCUUCUCUGGCACCAAUUUACAGGAGCAGAACUGGUUUGGCUGUUCCGGUACGGUUUCUGGAGAAGGACGCUGUGGUCUUGCACUCUCUGUUCUAAAGCAGUGGCUGUGCUGGCUGUAUGACUUCUGACCCCCUUGUCUCCUGCUGGCCCCUGUGUCCAGGUGUGCAUCCAGAGUUGGAGCUCAUCCCACAGGAGAAGCACACUGGGGCGAGACGGGAUCUCCUGAAAAAAAGCUCAUCCUUGGAUUAUGGAAGGGGAGAGGGCGAGUGGGGUGAGGGAUCGCUGGUGCCUCAGUGACAAGAGCCACCAGCAUGAGCUGCCCCUGGGCCGAGUCUGGUCAGUCUGGGGCCAUUCUUGAUGGAACAACGUCCACAUGCUGUGUUGUCCUGUGGUGGACACCAUGCAAAGGGAUUCUGCUGAGUCUUUCCUUGCAGCUGGUAGGGCUCAGACAUGCAGAGCACUCUCCAGUCUCCUGGACUGCUCAGGACAAACCGCAGCCUGGCAGCGCUGUUCUCCGCGAGGAGCUUUUCAUCACAGGACACGGUUGCUGGCACGAGUGCAGCUCAGGUGGUGGUGAUGACUUUGACACAGAGAUCCUCUCUCCUUUCUGGAUGAAGCGACGUCUGUAGGUGGAACACAAAGGUGUCUGUGCAGCUAAGGCUUGUGGGACAGGAGGAUCAACAGUUGGCUUGGGCCCACGGAGCUCUGGCAGCAUGAAGUUGGUGUUGAAAUGCAAAAAUAACCGAUGACAAGGGCAGCUGCCACCACUCUCUGUGCAUUGUCUUCUCCAUGAGGCUUGCCCAGUCCUGCUGUCCGGGCAUUCCAGCAGGGAGGGCUGGCACAAAGCCGCUGAUUGUGGUCCCCCUGCCCCUCCAGCCGCCACGCAAGGUGAGCAGGAAGAGCCGUUUCAUGUGCUGACAGCAUCGCUCCACGGCCCGAGGUUUCACCCCCCUCCUCACUUCUCCCCAGCCGACAGCUCUAGGGUUUCACACUCCCCGUGGGUCUGAGUUGGGCAGCAGCUGGCAGGGAAGCGCUUUGGCCACAAAGGACGCACAUUCACCUGUCGUGGACGCACGCUUAGGUUUCCCAGGCACGCCUGGAGCUGGGGAUGAUGCCCAGGCUGCGCGUUGCCAGGCGGCAGAGCUGCGGGAGCCAGGUCCUUGGCUGAUGUGGAGGAUGGAGGGCAGGAGUGGAUCCGGCCACGCUGUCCCUGCAGCCCCAGUGCAGCCUGCAGUUCCCUCCAGGACCUUCUGGAUCAGCGUGUCCGUUGCUGUGGUGUUUGCAGUUAUUGGCAUCGUUGUCGUGGGGGUCCUCAGCUUUGCUCCCAGCUCUGCCCAGGCUGGCUCACAGCUCGUCCGGCUAACGGCCCAGGGCCAGCAGGAGCCACCGAGGAACCAGACAGCCCUGGUGGAUGCGGCCAGGAACACCAUCACCUACUACGUCACCUCGCAGAGUAACAACAGCGCUGUGGUGCUGUACGACAGCAGGAAUGGCUACGUGUGCUACAAGCCUGUGGAGCAGCGUGCAUGCUACCUGAGGAGGAUGGACACCUGGGACCUCCAGAACCUCCAGACGCCCCUCAACAUGUCUGAGAAGAGGGUGGAUCAGCUGCCACGCCAGGAUAAUCAGACCAAGUACUAUCGGGAGUUUCUGGGCAUCCUGGCGCGGGAUGAGGUGGACCCCGAGAGCUUGGGGGAGCCUGUCCAGGCCCUGUGCGAGCAGACAGCCAUCUUCUGGGUCAAGCGAGGCGAGGGUCCCAGGAAGCAGCGGCUCAUCUACCUUUGCAUUGACAUCUGUUUUCCAAGCAACAUCUGCGUCUCUAUCUGCUUCUAUUACCUCCCCGAGUAAGUCCUGCGGCUGCGAUGCCCUCUUGCUCUCCGUACGUGAGCUGAAUU